AUGAAUAUAGAAGAGGAUGCAUUGAACCAACAGACAACAAGCAUUACAAUAUACCACUCCGGUUCAUACAUUGCAAUGGACCGCGUUAUCCCCUAUGUGUGCACUGCUCUUCUGGCAGCAAGGCUGAUGGUCUACUGGCUACACAAAACAAACGCCAUCCUCCCAGACCCCUAUCUAGACGAGGUAUUUCAUGUCAGACAGGCACAGGCUUACUGGGACCAUCGGUGGCAGCAAUGGGAUCCGAAAAUCACAACACCCCCAGGCUUAUAUCUUGUCUCAUAUGCCGUGGCAUCGUUUUCGGCCACUCUUUUUGGAAGACCGGUGGAACUCUCGGCCUCUGUACUGAGGUGCAUAAAUGGUUUGGUGCUGUUUAACGUUCUACAGCUUACACUAAGAAGGUUCUUUUCAAUAAGACAGAAACAGAUACUGAAAAAGGGGGACAUUAGCGUAAGCACUUGGUCUAUCAGCCUCAGUGCUUUGAACAUAUGUCUGUUUCCACCAGUUUUCUUCUUCUCCGGUCUCUAUUAUACAGAUUUGGCUGCCCUCAUUAUAGUCCUGGAGACUUGCAACGUUGAUUUUCCGCGGAGUCCCUCAGCGAAUGGCUAUGGUGCUGUUAAAGGUUCGCUACGGAUGACUUUGAGAUACCUUAGCCUCAUUAUACUUGGAUUGGCUGCCCUCGUGUUUCGACAAACAAACAUCUUCUGGGUCUCGGUGUUCCUUGGUGGCCUGCAGGUUGCUAACACUCUUCGAUCGAGGUCUGUCGAGUGUCAGUCUUCCGAUAUACAGCGUAUUGCCAAAGGUAGCUGGGAAUUGAACCAGCUCUACGACCCUCCAGUGGCUGAAGCAUAUAUUGAAGAUUAUUUCAAGGUUGGGUUCUCGCUCGCUAUUUCUGCGUUAGCGAAUUUAUUCCCUGUCCUGGUAGCUCUUUUACCCUACCUGUUCCUCCUUGGAUGCUUCGGGCUGUUCGUGAUAAUCAAUGGAAGCGUCGUCUUGGGCCACAAGGAGUUUCACAGUGCGGGCUUGCAUCUGCCUCAAAUGCUAUAUAUCUGGCCAUAUUUCAUGUUCUUUUCCUGGCCAAUAAUUUUAUACCCGUGGGCCUUGGGCUUAUGGAACUAUAUUGGUCAAUCCAACCCGAAGAACCUGAGCCAACUAACCAGCAGACUUCCGCGUCUGGGCAUCAUGCUAAGUGUCUUGGUGCUUAUGAUCCCGGUUGUUCACCUGAACACGAUUGUACACCCCUUCACAUUGGCCGAUAAUCGACACUACGUGUUUUACGUUUUCCGUCUCUUGCUCCGAUAUCCAAUGGUUAAAUACGCAGUGAUUCCGAUUUAUUUACUAUGCGGAUGGACGACUAUUGCUGCGUUUAACACGUCUUCGACCAGUAUUUCUACGGACCAAAUUAUAUCAACUACUUCUGACGACAAAGGAAGUAAAGAGUCGAACAAAGCUCAAAGCCAGAGUUUCUUUUCCACUGAAAUCUCAACGAGGACUAGUUUCGUGCUUAUAUGGCUGAUAGCAACUUCGCUAUCCCUCAUUACUGCCCCGCUGGUGGAACCGCGAUACUUUAUAAUUCCAUGGGUCAUCUGGCGACUACACAUAACCCCAUUGAGCCGCAAGAACAAAGACACGCCUGAAAGCGAGGCCACAGUCCGCUCGCCCAUUCUAGAGUUUACCCCACUACUCACAGAAACAGCCUGGUACUUGCUCAUAAAUUUGGUGACAGGAUAUAUGUUCCUAUAUAAAGGGUUUGAAUGGCCUCAGGAACCAGGAAAAGUUCAGCGGUUUAUGUGGUAG